AUGGAGAAUUUGAUAAGUUUAGUGAACAAGUUGCAAAGAGCAUGCACGGCAUUGGGUGAUCACGGAGAAGCAACUUCAUUGCCUACUCUUUGGGAUUCUUUGCCUUCCAUUGCUGUAGUUGGUGGCCAGAGUUCAGGCAAAUCGUCAGUUUUGGAAAGUGUUGUUGGUAAAGACUUCUUGCCAAGAGGAUCAGGAAUUGUUACUCGGCGUCCACUGGUUUUGCAACUUCAUAAGAUAGACCAAGGCAAAGAAUAUGCGGAAUUCCUUCAUCUUCCAUCAAAGAAGUUCUAUGAUUUUGUUGCUGUGAGAAAAGAGAUUUCAGAUGAGACUGAUCGUGAGACGGGGCAAACCAAACAGAUUUCAAGUGUCCCCAUUCAUCUAAGUAUCUAUUCCCCAAAUGUGGUCAACUUGACUUUGGUUGAUCUUCCUGGCCUUACAAAAGUUGCAGUUGAUGGCCAAUCUGAAAGUAUUGUACAAGACAUUGAGAAUAUGGUCCGUGCCUACAUUCAAAAGCCAAAUUGCAUUAUUUUGGCAAUUUCACCUGCUAAUCAAGAUUUGGCUACGUCAGAUGCAAUUAGAAUCUCACGUGAAGUGGACCCCACAGGAGAAAGAACUUUUGGAGUCUUGACCAAAAUCGAUUUGAUGGACAAGGGUACCGAUGCAGUUGAUAUCCUAGAAGGUAAAUCCUAUCGGCUAAAAUUUCCAUGGGUUGGGGUUGUUAAUCGUUCACAACAAGACAUCAACAAGCGGGUUGAUAUGACUUCUGCUAGAGGCAAGGAAAGGGAAUACUUCUCCAACAGCCGAGAGUACAAGCACAUGGCUUCAAGAAUGGGUUCUGAAUAUCUAGCGAAGAUGCUAUCAAAGCAUUUAGAAGGUGUGAUUAAAUCACGAAUCCCAGGCAUACAGUCAUUAAUCAGCAAAACCGUAGCUGAUCUUGAAGCUGAACUUAGCCAUCUUGGAAAGCCUAUUUCUGUUGAUGCAGGAGGAAAAUUGCUUGUGAUAAUGGAUAUAUGCCGGGCGUUUGAUCAGAUAUACAAAGAACAUCUAGAUGGGAUGCGAUCAGGAGGAAAUAAAAUUUACCAUGUUUUUGAAAGCCAGCUUCCUUCUGCCCUUAAGAAGUUGCAGUUUGAUAAACAGCUAUCACCAGAGAAUAUCAAGAAGUUGAUCACAGAAGCUGAUGGGUAUCAACCACAUCUAAUUGCUCCUGAACAAGGAUAUCGUCACAUUAUUGAGUCCUCGUUGGUUACCAUCAAAGGGCCUGCCGAAGCCUCAGUGAAUGCGGUUGAUGUGAUAUUAAAGGAGCUGGUUCGAAAAGCAAUCAGCGAGACCAUGGAGCUGAAGCAGUACCCAAGUUUGAGAAAAGAAGUGGAACGGGCUGCAAAUGAGUCUCUUGAAAGAAUGAAAGCUGAAAGUAAAAAGGCGACACUUAUGCUAGUUGAUAUGGAAUGUUGCUACUUGACGGUUGACUUCUUUCGCAAACUUCCUCAAGACAUGGAGAAAGGCGGGAACCCAACACAAUCCAUUUUUGAUAGAUAUAAUGAAAUAUAUCUUAGAAGAAUUGGAACAACCGUUUUGCAGUACGUGAAUAUGGUUCUUUCAGGCCUGGUGAACUCGGUUCCAAAAUCUGUGGUUCACUGUCAAGUGCGUGAAGCCAAACGCAGUUUACUUGACUGUUUCUUUGCUGAGUUGGGUCAAAAAACACCAGGUCAAUUAUCAAAGCUGUUGGAUGAAGAUCCUGCGAUGAUGGAGAGGCGUUCAUCUUUGGCAAAGAGACUAGAACUGUACAAGAGUGCACAAAUGGAGAUUAGUGGAGUUUCAUGGCGUUGAAAUGAAAAGGCCAUGAAAAACUUGUCAUUUUUGUUCAUUAAGCUCUUCAGAUUUAUAGUGUCAAUUA